AGCAAGUGUUCAGUUCCUCUGACUCAUGAUAUCCAAAAGGGCACCAAAACUCAAGGUACCUUAUUUUGAAAGCUUUGCUCCAUACUAACAAAGGAAACCUUCUGCACAGAGAUGCCCUUGGAUUUUUCCAAGAUAUAUUCCAUCCACAAGACUGUCUGCCGUUACUGGAUGCACAUGGUAUAAUCAAAAAACACUGAGCGUGCGACUUGAAUAUUGAGCGUGAGAGCAAACAAAGGAUUCUGUGAGCCAGCCUGCCUAUUGUUAAGCACAAGUGAACACAGCAGCUAAGCCAGAUAGGACCCAUCAUGUCCGACAAACCAGAUUUUGCAGAAAUUGAAACAUUUGACAAGACCAAACUGAAGAAGACAGAAACCAGAGAAAAAAACCCAUUGCCCACCAAAGAAACUAUUGAACAGGAAAAGCAAAGCGAAAGCACUGCCUGAGCAUGAGCUGGAAGAUGCCACGGCUGCUUCUUCAGUGGGGUUUUGGCUUCCAAGUUGGGGUUCUGCCCCUUUUUCUUACUAUGUGUUUGUUGUCCGGUUAAUUUAACAAGCAGUUGUUCAUUUUGUGUUCUUCGGGAAAGUUUGUUUUGCAUUGGUUCAACACGGAAUUUUGUAUUUGUACUCUUAAAAUUGUAACUCCAAGUUCUGUAUCAACCCUAUUACUUGUCCCCCCCACCUCAAAAAGCAAUUUGCCUACAAAAAUUGUUUUCCUAACC